UCCGUCAGGCCGGAACCCAAGAUGGCUGCGCUCUUGUUGAGACAUGUUGGCCGUCACUGCCUCCGUGCCUACCUUAGUCCUCAGCUCUGUAUCAGAAAUGCUGUUCCUUUGGGAACCACAGCCAAAGAAGAAAUGGAGAGGUUCUGGAAGAAGAACACUAGUUCAAACCGCCCUUUGUCUCCCCAUAUCAGCAUCUACAGCUGGUCUCUUCCCAUGGCGAUGUCCAUUUGCCACCGUGGCACUGGUAUUGCCUUGAGUGCAGGAGUCUCUCUUUUUGGCUUGUCGGCCCUCUUGGUCCCUGGGAGCUUUGAGUCUCAUUUGGAAUUUGUGAAGUCCCUGUGUUUGGGGCCAGCACUGAUCCACACAGCCAAAUUUGCACUUGUCUUCCCUCUCAUGUAUCACACCUGGAAUGGGAUCCGACACUUGAUGUGGGACCUAGGAAAAGGCCUGACAAUUUCCCAGCUACACCAGUCUGGAGUGGCUGUCCUGGUUCUUACUGUGUUGUCCUCUGUAGGGCUGGCUGCCAUGUGAAGAGCCGAAGUUCCCAGUGUCGUCAUCCUACAAAUUAUCACAUUGACCUGUCUUCCUGUUUGUUACUCUUGUCUUUGGCCAGGCCAAAGUUAUUCUCGUUUGUUUAGACCCUUCUUUGCUUGCAGGUCCCCUUGGAGCUCAGCAGUAGAGUACCUUACAGAACCAUAACGGUGGGAAAGGGUCCACUUUUCCCCUUAUUUCUAAGGAUGGAAUGACUGCAAAAACUCCCUUUUCUUGCCCCCGGCUUGCAGCCUACUCUGGGCUUGGGAGCCUUCCUUCUCUCUCCAUGUUAGGCCUUGAUUUAUGCUGAGGGUCAGCCUUUGGCUCCUUCUUCCUGAGACAGUGGAAACAAUGCCAGCUCUGUGGCCUCUGCCAUGGGGACUGGGAGUGGGGAUUCGGGUGCCACUGCCUGUGGGUUGCUGGCUCAAAGGACAAUUCUGUCCAUUGGUCAGAGCCCAGGGUCUUUAGCACCCACACAAUGUGACUGGAAGGAGAGGGGGUGGGGGUGGAGGAGAAUUAGCCUGUCCCAGCUAGCAGGAGAUAAAAAGAGUUAAGUUGGCUCUUGGAGCAGGUCUUGGGGAGAAGAUAUAUAGAUUUUGAUGCAAGAAGAAAAUCCAGAAAAUUAUUGUUGACUCCAUUACGGGUUAUUUCUUUUCCUUGUGUUUCCAGAAAAACCAAACCUCUUACUGUCAUGUUUUCUAAUCCAGAAUCACGUGACAUCUUUUUCUGAAACUGAAUUAAAAUUAUUAUUUUUCCUUUGAAAAAAAAAAAAAAAAAAAAAAAAAAAAAAAAAAUAAAA